UUAUAUCCGCUAAUGCCGCCACUGACGUUACCCACAAGCACCAGCUGCCCGUCAAACAACACAGCAAGGUUCCGCGUUGUGGAGCUCCGAGUCCGGGACAGUUUUUCUCUUUACUUCCGCUGAAGUCUGAGGAGAGACAAAGUCACCUCACCGACAUGGCCUCGUCUGACGAUGCAGAAGGGUCUCUGACUCCUGUGGAUUUUAUCCAGCUGCAGCAUUACAUGGACGAGAGCAAUUUGAAGGUAAAAGAUGUGAUGAAGGAGUUUCAGGCUGGGGGUCGUCUGGCCCAGCACAGCUCUGGAGAGUCCGUCGAUGAGGCAGGUUUCUGUCUCUUUCUCAAGACCUACCUAGAACUGGAUAACGUCCCUCCAGAUUUCUGCCAACGGCUGUUUCGCUAUUUCCAACAUGUGGAGCAGGAUGGGUGCACAAAGAGCCCUCUGCCCAAAGGAGGUGGGGUCUUUCUUCGUGAUGUGUCCUGUUACUUCUCGGUGCUGGAGGAAGGACAGCCACGGGAGAAGCUUGAAUAUACUUUCAAACUUUACGAUAAAGACUGCAACAAACUCCUGGACAGCUCUGAGGUGGAUCGUAUAAUCAUCCAGAUGAUGCGAGCUGCUGAUUACCUGGGCUGGGAUGUGACUGAACUCAGACCAGUGCUCAAAGAAAUGAUGACAGCGAUCGAUGCGGAUGGCAGUGGGACUGUCACUCUGGACGAAUGGGUGAAGGGAGGCAUGAACAACGUGCCCUUACUCGUUCUGCUUGGACUGAAGAUGACAGAAAAGGAUGGGCAGCACAUUUGGAGGAUGAAGCACUUUAACAAGCCGACCUACUGUGGUGUGUGUCAGAGCAUGCUGCUCGGCCUCGGGAAGCAGGGACUCUGCUGCAACUGCUGCAAGUACACCGUCCACAAUCAGUGUGCCAACAAGAAUCCUGACCCCUGUGCUCGGACCUUUGUCAAAUCUAAGAAGGAGAUUGGUUGUCAAAACCACAACUCACAAUCUGUAAUGGAUCACAACAGUGAACCGGCCAACUUUCGUCAGCUGCUUCCGGAGGUAGCAGCUCACGACUGGAUCAGAGCUGACUGUAAGUCCAACAAGUGUCAUGUCUGCCACAAGAAGAUCAAAACUUUAGCAGGGAGGCGUUGUGCAUGGUGCCAGGAGAUGCGUCAUGAUGAGUGCACUUCCUCUGGCUCAUCGCCCUGUGAUUGUGGACCACUGAAAGAUCAUAUACUGCCUCCGUGGGCGAUAUACGCCGUCUCCAAGGACGAGGACUCCAGCUUGUUAAACGUCACCCCUGAUGGCCACAUCCUCCAGAUUGUUUCGAUUCCAAACAUCCACCCUCUGCUGGUGUUUGUCAACCCAAAAAGUGGAGGAAAGCAGGGUGAACGAGUGCUCAGGAAGUUUCAGUACAUGCUGAACCCGCGUCAAGUCUACAACCUUUCCAACGGAGGUCCUGCACCAGGACUACACCUCUUCCGCAAUAUGCGUGACUACAGGAUCUUGGCGUGUGGAGGAGACGGCACUGUUGGGUGGCUCCUGGAUGCUAUAGACAAAGAAAACCUGCCAUGGCAUCCUCCAAUAGCUGUCCUGCCUCUGGGCACCGGGAAUGACCUGGCUCGCUGUCUACGCUGGGGAGGAGGCUAUGAAGGGUCAGACUUGAGAGAGAUCCUGAAGGAGAUCGAAGCGAGCGAGGUGAUGCCCUUGGACCGCUGGAGCAUCCAGGUGAUACCAGAGGACCCCCAAGAUGCAGGAGACCCCGUGCCCUACCACAUCAUUAACAACUACUUCUCUAUUGGAGUGGAUGCCUCUAUCGCUCAUCGUUUCCACACAAUGAGAGAGAAAUAUCCACAGAGAUUCAACAGCAGAAUGAAGAACAAACUUUGGUAUCUUGAGUUUGCCACUUCUGAGACGAUCUCUGCAUCUUGCAAGAGGCUGACGGACUGUCUCUUGAUUGAGUGCUGUGGGAAGACUCUGGACCUGAGCAGCAUGUCUCUGGAGGGCAUAGCUGUCCUCAACAUACCCAGCAUGCACGGAGGCUCCAACCUCUGGGGCGAGUCCAAGAAGCCUGAUAGUGUGCCAGAGGUAGAGCACAGUGAAGUUAUCACUGAUCCUGAAGUUCUUAAAACAAUAUCUCAAGAUAUGAGUGAUAAGCGUUUGGAGGUGUUGGGGCUUGAAGGAGUCAUAGAGAUGGGACAGAUCUACACAGGACUGAAGAGCGCCGGGCACAGGCUGGCACAGUCUUCCCAAAUUACUAUCAGGACAAUUAAAGCCCUGCCCAUGCAAAUCGAUGGGGAGCCCUGGAUGCAGCCUCCAUGUACUAUCCACAUAACUCACAAAAACCAAGCUAACAUGCUGAUGGCUGCACCAGCGAAACCAACCGGCUUCUUUCACUUCUAGUAGAUAAACUCUUCCACCAUGUCCUCCCGUCUGCUGAGGUGUUAAGGCAUUUUAAAGAGUACGUCCGACGUUGAGUGUGUAACUGUGUGUUUCUAGUAUGACGUAUUGUUGUGUGUGUCAUUUGGUCUUAAUCCCUGAUAUAACUCUAAAUAAUUCCAGUUCAGUACAGACAGCUUGCACUAAGGCAGAGACCACACUGACAGACCAAAUAAAAGGUGCGAGUUUCACUACUCAGUCUGAUUGCUGCUGUUGUGUGCCAACUUCAAUGUAAUGCAUUCAUUUUAUUGUUUAUGUAAAUAAAAGAGCAGAGCCUGUUCUUUACCUACACUACAGUGGUAAGAAAUACAGUUGCUUAUUUUGUGUUGUACAAGCUUUUUGUGGUUAAUUAUAUUUACAUCAGUGUCUUUGUUCGGCCUUCAGAAACUCACAGCAGCUCACCUUGUUCAGCAACACGAUCCUACCUGUCUGUUCUCGUGUCUUUCACUGUCAGUGUGUUAAUUUUUAAGUGGUUUUUACUGUUUCUUCGAUAGGUAAAGAAAUGAUGUGAGAAACACUGGAAUGAAUGUAACUGAAUGUGGCUUUAUAAAGGUUUGCUCUACAGUUAGUGCUGGGCACUGAGGGUUUGAUAUUGCUUUCCCAAAUCUAGCAGGUUUAGUAUAAAAAAAACAGCAUUCCACUGUAUUUAAUACAUUGAAUGGCACUGUACGAGAGUAAAGUUAGUUUCCUGUUGUCAUCAUUGAUGAUAAUUUAUGUCUUUGCACCAUUUACUGUAUGGAACAAGGUUCUCACAUUGAUCGGGCUUCUUGAAAACAGUCACAGAAUUCACAGAAACCUUCAAAAAUCUAAUGAAAUUAGACAUUUUUCACCUGAUAAUCUAUUUGUGUGACUGGAAAAAUGCUGAUAUUAAGAUUUUGUUUUAGUGAUGUGCAUUAUAUGUCUUCAACUUUCAAUAGUCAGUCUUGUGAUGGAUGUUCAGUGUACUUAUUUACAUGUAACACGCUCGCAUGUUCAUUUAUCAUCUUGUCUUAAUGUGAAAUUGUGUAGUUGUCCUUUGUCUUGAGAGUACUGCAUACUCAGUUUCAGUAGACAGCAUCACAGUAACUGAAUUGUCCUCAGAAGUUCUUGCAGUUUCUGUUACCCAGCUACAAUUGUCUUUGUGAUAUAUUAUUUGCCCUGUUUGUAUGUAUGUUGCAGCUGAAUAUUAAGCUCCUAAAGUCUUGGUUACACUGGAAUAAGAGAAACUUGUGCAUUAAACUGCUUAUUAUGAGGGUACAAAAACACCAUUUUCAUCUGAAUUGUCUCUAUAAUAAAAGCACAAAUGGCAGCACAGCCAAAUGUUUACAUGGUAUUAUAAGUUACAGAUCUUAGUAAGAUGCUUCUCACACUCCUGUCAAAGCAGAAAAAAACACAAAUUUGCCUGUAAAAACAUCCAUAUAAGUGUGAAGUGUACUUCCAUGAUUAUCUGUCAUAAAAAUGUUUCUCAGCACGUAACAA